CGCUAAUGAUCACGCUACUACGGUAUCUCUUUAAGGUGUCAAAUAUCCCCGAAGGAGGGUCAUUCUGUAGGAGUGGUUUCACUUCCUCGUUACUUUCGGUUGCGUCUCAAACCUCUCUGAAGUUUGCUGUGUGCACAGCUGUGUCCUGAAGUAUGUAGCUGUUCGCUCUGCAGGCACUUAAAAGGGACGUAGAGAAAGUUUAUGAUGUCAGGCACAUUUCAUUUGUUUAAGUUGUCCUGGGUGGACUUCCUCUUCACUGUCGCGGGUCUGGGGUUGUUAGUUCUUGACAUUGUGCUGGACGUGUACGCUGUCGUGAGUUUCUACAAUGAAAAAGCCUACGUGCCCCUCGGAUUUCUGCUGCUGUUUCUCGUGGGCUCGUCUGUUCUUGUCCAGGCCUUCAGCUGGCUGUGGUACAGCUACGAGGACUUUAAACGGGAGACGAAAGUUGAGAAAUGCCUGAGCCUGUCGCAACUAAGGCUGUUCCAUGUGCUGCAACUUGGAAUCUACAUCAGGCAUGCAGGUGUUUUCGAGUUUUCCGUACGCAGUUUCUGCUCGAAGCUCCACACUGAAGAGGGCGUCGCGGUGUUCCUGAGCCACGACCUCAGCAUGCUGCGGCUUGUAGAGACGUUUUCAGAGAGCUGCCCUCAGCUCGUCCUCAUGCUCACCAUCAUUCUGCAGCGCAACCAGCUCGACUUUGUGACAGUGUUGAAGGCCAUCGGGUCGGCCUUAGCCAUCGCCUGCAGCGUCACCAUGUACCACCGCUCCCUGCGCUCCUUCCUGGUCGACAAGGAGAAUCAGCAGGUGACCUCGUCGGUGGUCUACUUCCUCUGGAACCUGCUUCUCAUCGCGCCUCGCCUCACCGCCCUCGCCCUGUUCGCCUCCGUGCUGCCCUGCUUCAUUCUCACCCACUUCAUUUGCUCUUGGAUGAUGUUAUUCUUCUUCGCCUGGCGAUCCAAGACCAGUUUCAUGGACAGCGCCUUUGGAGAGUGGCUUUACCGAGCCACCGUAGGCCUCAUUUGGUAUUUCGACUGGUUUAAUGUGGUCGAUGGGAAGACGAGGUACCAAACUCUGCUCUAUCAUGGGUACAUACUGGCUGAUAUUUCCCUCCUCUGCGGUUUGUAUUGCUGGAUGAAGAUGAGCCCAGAACCACCUUAUUUGGACACACCACUCUUGAAUGCCAUAAUCACCGCAGCCAGUGUUGUUGGAGUUUACAUUCUAGGUCUCUUUCUUAAAGUGAUUUAUUAUAAGUGCUGUCAUCCAAACCUGGUGCAGCUGAAAGGGGACACCCCUACGGAUGAGGUAGACUUUCCUUUGCGCUCGUCAUCAGAAGGACAUUCUCCUGUAGCCAUGACCAGGACAUUUGCGAUUGCUGAACCCGACAUCAUGCACUGCAAUAAGAGGAUGAAGAAGUUGGCCGAGAACUUUUACUCCUGAUCUGCAUCUCCUGACAUCCAGCAGACACGAAGGUUAGAAAGAGAUCCAGUCCUGCAGCGUCUCAGUGGGCCGGCCUGAUGAACCAGCAUCACGGGGGUUGUGUGGGAAGGACGACUGUGACCUGCUGCCUCAUGGGACGGCUCACUACUCAUUUUCACUACUGUGAGCCAAAGCACAUUAAGCUGUCAGUCUUUUUGUAAUUUUUUUUAUUGAAUUUUUUUUAGAGGCGUUUGUGCACCAUAUUAACUGUAAACAAACCUUAAGUGGCCUUAUGUGGAAUGAAAUUAAGUAUUUUUAUUAUCUUUUCGCAGCUGUGUAUUACCAAUGUGUAUUACGAAUGUGUGUUUAUUGAUAUUGGCUACUGGUUAAGUUGUAUACAGGAGGCUGCCGGGAAGCUGAAGGUCUAAUAAUUACAUAGUAUUGAACUUGUGAAUUGACUCUUGCUGAUGUAUUUUUUUUUUUUAUUCCAAACAUUCCUCUUUCUUUUGAAAACUUGCCCACAAUGCAACUUAGCUACUGAGUGAAAUCACUGGAGGCCUGAACAUUCCCCUGAAGCCCCAAAAGGCUUCACGCUACUUUAUUCACGUUUGCAGUGUGUGCAAAUGUGUAAAAUUGGUGGAGUGCCCCUUUUGGUGCAAAAAUGCAUUCCAAACUUUCAGAGAAACUAAAAAAACUGCAACAGCCUCUGCACUAAUAUCUCAAAGCACUACAGGAGCAUUAAAAUACACUCAUUUAAAAUGGUUUACAAUUCAAAGUUGAAGUCCAGCAAGAUUCCUGUGAGAUCAAACCUAAUUUUUGUUACUAUUUAUAUUUGUUUUACUAUAUUUUUAUUUUUAAUUUAUGGAGUUUUUUUUUAAAAAGAAAUGUUUCCAGCUUUUACACUCAUGUCCCGAGAAACUAUUUUAAACUUUCUGUUUAGCCAGCUAGUAAUAGUUAAGUAUAGAUAAGCUACAGUGAGAAGAAUCACUCAGUUGUAGUCAGGAAUCACGUUUAAGCGACAGUUUUUACAUCCCGGAGCGGUCUCAGGGAACAUCUUUUCACCAAGAGGACCAGGCGCCAUUAGUUUUGGUGACUUAAUGUAUUUACCUUUGUGGAUUUUAUUGGUAGUGGCGGAGUCCGCCAUUCCAGCACUGGAGUCAGAUUUUCUGCCUUUGCACUAGGGACUCACAGGAUGCAUGAAUGUAACACUUUUUAUUAAUUGUAUUUUGUUGACUUCACAGGGUCAGAGCUGCCUUAACAUCUAUUGCUGCUGCCUAAAAUUAAUAGCAUUUAACUGGCAAAACGUGAGGUAGAUUUUAUUGUGACAACAUCGCAAGUUUGUAAUUUGACCUGUCUCUCGUUGACUCUUCCUGACACCCAAACAUUGCAUGAAUUGUGUAUCGUUUUGCUGCUCCGGCAGAGUCACAGGUCAGAGGUCGGCUUUGUUCUUACUUUUCUUUUGGUUUUGCAAUAAAAUCCUCAAUUUAGGCAGAUGGCCCAUGUGGACAGAAGGAUUUUUAGUAGCCAAUAAUGCCUUUGAUGCAUUCAGAUUAACCUCAAUGUCAAUGUCCCCCCCCCAAAUAAAUAAACAUAAACUUGAGUCUGAAACUUGUUUUACAUUUAUUUACACCGUAUUGAGUGUCUUAGGUACACAGGAAAACCUUACAAGACUGCGCCGAGGUACCGAACAGCUACUGUAAGGAAAAUAGUGAUUACUGGACUUAAAUUAGCAUCGAUUAUAAUGAUAGUGUUCGGUUUACAGGAUCACAUUCAGGCUCUCUACAUGACCCUACGUGGCCUCACAGGUCCUUGAAGAUGAGAUGAGAUACAUAAAAAAAUAAACAGCGUUAAAAAUAACAACAGUAUUUGGCAUUGAAAAGAAAAAAAAGAGGACACAAAGGAGAGUAUAGCCUCUUAAACAUUGCAUGGUCAUUUUUUUUUUCCUUUUUUUAAACAGCAAUGGUAUACUUCAAAACAGACAUGACAUGCAGACGAGGUAAAAAUAAACAGAAAACACAUUCAAAAAGCAGGAAAAAAAAGCAAAGAUUGCAUAUGGAUUCUCAAUUUUGUCUAACAUGUCUCAUUGCUCUUAGACUCACUUAGGUAGUACGACACUGAACUAUCGAAAGCACACCUUGUUUAACAAGCUUCUUUGUGUUAACAAUACUACGCGUUUUAGUUUGUGAUUGUCUCUAAGCGGUGCUAAGCGCUUCACAGCAACAAAAUAAAUGCAAUCUCCUUUCCAAAAGGAGGCAAGAAAAUCUAAUAUGAAGCGGACGUAGAAGUGAUAUUUUCACAAGUACAUUUAUGAAAAACGAGAAUGUGUCGUCACUCUGAAAGCAAAGUCAGCUGUUAGCCGUUUGAAGCCCUUCACUAAAACUGUCUUUACAAACUGAGCAUUCUACACAGACAUCGCCUCCCCCAACAAAUGGAUAUAUAGUUUUCUAGAAGGAGACCUUUCAAAUACAGUGCAGACAGGACAAUCAAAUCUAGAAACAAACAAAAAAAAAGUCUCACCAGAACUUAAAAAAAGGAUUGAAUUUAAAAAAAAAAAAAUAAUAAAAAGUAAGAUAACACUUUGGAUAAUAUAACAAUGCAGUGAUAAAUGUAUCAAACAAAAAAGACACAUUUCCCUUUGAGAUUAUGCAGACAGAUGAUGGUUAAAGGCACAAUAUAAAUAUGCACAGUCACGCAAGACAAAAAAAAACAAAUACACACAGAAAUACACAUUCUUAACGGUCAAGCUGCAUGUGUGUACAUACGAAAUCUUCUUCAGGCUCAGUAUUGUUCACUCGUAAUCUCAUACAGACCGGGGGAGAGUGGACCCCUCCCUGCUUCUUUAAAUCCCUUGAUUUACAGUUAAUGAGCAGAGUAGAAAUGUAUUGCACAGUCAUCGUACUUUUGUUUCGUUUUCUCUCGUUACGUUUGUGAAAAAAAGUCAGGGGGCCGUCAUGUGGCUGAGUGAUGAAGUCAUUCUGUGGGUGUAGUCGUCUGACGCAACUAUGAGGUGAUUAAACGAUUAACUGUUUGAAGCACACACACACACA